AUGUUGGGCACCUGGAGGUUAGACACCAAAAAUGAAAACUCAAUGUUUAUGCGGCAGGCCAUCGACCCGGUAACAGCAAGGCCUGUCGUGCAGCAAGCCUGCAACAGCUGUCGAGCAAAGAAGCUCCGGUGUACGGGCGAGAAGACGGGUUGCAGCCGAUGCAAAACAUUAUCAAGGCCAUGUGUAUAUGCCCAACCAGCCGGGAAAGGUUCAGGGCGGAAAAAGAACAAGACGGAUGGAAAGGAGUCGAAAAACAGCUCAGGGGCCGGCCGAGACCGGGAGACUUUGAAGCGGAGGCCGCAAUCACCGACGGCAACAUCCAAGGGGGAGCCGCAGUCAGCAUCAGGCCUCACAGCUGAGCCCCUGGCCGAGACGUCGGGCGGCGAUCCUUCUGCCGUCUCCGGGCAUCCGAUGGACUUCACCAUGGACCUCGGGGAUCCGACUCAGGACCUUGGAGUUGGCGCCUCUCUUGCCUCGUUUGACCUAGGCGACGGCUUUGGAAAGAUACGCACGGGCGGGUCCCCGUCCAGCAUCGAGCAGUGGCUCAUCAGCUCGCCGCCCGAGCUGGAUGUGGUAACAGACCUGGAUAUGGACAUCAACCUGUGGACGAACAGCGGCGUCGACCCAGCCGCCUUCUCCGUCAUUACCUCCCCGUCAAUGAUGACCCCUCCUCUGUCAACACUUGGCCUGUCCACCUCAGCCGCAAAGGACAGCAUGCGGUCGUCACCAACCGACGACAACAGCCCGGCCUCUCGGAGCAGUGCACCCACGCCCAAGGGCGACGGGAUAUUGCUGACCAACGGCAAAGCAACAACACCACCCAACAAGUUCGGUGGCGGUUUACUAAACAGCAACAGCUCACCAACCACUUCACUGCAGGACCACCCGUGCCAGUGCCUGCAGCGGGUCGUGUUCCUAAUCGACGAGCUCGAGACGGUGCAGGACACGGCGGCGGCGCAGCUGGACGCGGGGCUGGCGUCGCACCGCGAGGCGCUCCGCUACGGCGAGGCCAUGAUGCUCUGCGGGCACUGCACGUCGCGGCCCGAGAACAUGACCAUCCUCACCUUUUUGACGGAUCGUCUGGCCGGCCUCUGCGAGCGCAUCGUCAACGGCUACUUUGACCUGCUGCCGAGCCCGGGGACGGCUGGUGCGGCGCCGACCGGCAGGCGGCCCAACAACAGUCUCUCGGCAGACACCACCGGUGGUUGUGGUACAAGCGCUGGUGGUGGUGGUGGUGGUGGUGGUGCUGGCGGUAACGGUGGCUGCGGCGCUGGCGAGGGCGGUGAGCGACAGGGGAGCGGCAGCGGGCGGUGGGGGGUCUUCUUCGGGGAUUACGAGGUGGACUCGGCUAACGAGUGGGAGCUAUUGGUGAGGAAUCUGAUCGUGCUGCAGUUGAAGGCGCUGAGUGGGUUGAUGGGACGCGUCAAGGAGGUUUCGGGUCUAAUGCAGUGCGACACGCCCUGGCGCAAGGCUGUGGGGACCGAGAAGCGGAUUGCUAUGCUGCUUGACCGACUGAAUGCCAUGGCCGCCUGGGACGUCUGACGGGGGCUCUGAACAGAGCGCGCGGCACGGCAAUGUCCAGGUGUGAGGUGUGGGGCUGCUGGCGAAGGGUGGAAGAAUUGGAAUGGAAGGGCUGGAUGGAGCCUCCAGGAUGGACGGACGGGAACAGCCCAGGGAAUACCACGCCAGCGCGUUGAGUUGGUGCAUACGUUGCACUGAAGCGGAGGAUUUGCGCACGCGGGAGGGCUGUUACUGUAUGUACUGGUAUGCGUUCUGUGCCGCGCAACAGCGUCGCCGACUUUGGG